CUGAGCUUCGUGAAGAUAUCCCGCAGCGACCAGUAUCCGCAGGAGAGAUGCGCGAGAAGUAUCGCAGUUUCUGUGACAAGCUGGAUCAGUUCAACACGCCCAAGGAUUCUGCACGUUCGGAGAUGACGAACAUGCUGCUUAUGCGGCGCGCGCUAUCCCCUGAGCUGUUGGCGGAGAUUGAGCAAGUGACUGUGCCUUCGGUGAACGGUCUCACGGAGCGUCUCUCAGAGUUCUUGCCAUCGCUGAGGGAGUAUUACAAGCUCGGCGAUCAGGGUCCGUUUGCUGCUGAGGAGAUGAUUAUGGAGCAUGCCAUGGAGGACAUCCACGAGGUCGGCGGCCCUGCACAGAAGCGCUCGUCUGCUCGGCUGCGGCCAAUUCCUGGUUCUCCAAACUUGGUCAUGAUGGACGAUGCAUUGUACAAGGAGCUGAGCGGCAAAGAGAAGGAAAGCGAUGUUGCGGUUGCCCAGCGUGACGAGGGGGUCGACAAUGCACAAUGUGAAUCUCGGGCCAGUGUGACCAAGGACAACAGCUCAACGCGCCUCAAAACUCCUGUUGCCGAGCUCGAGGCACUCUCACCUGCUAUCCUCCGCCCCCGUGCCCUUACAGUCGGCGUCCAAGACCUGCGAGCUUCAGUUGAGUUUGGCUUGACGACGAGAUCUCUGAGAUCAUUCUCGUCAACCCCGACCAAAACAGACACUCGUCCUUGGAACUUCGACAAAAACUACCCUUGGGCAACGUCAACAAUCCCCUCUGUUGACAUCUCACUACCUCCGCCAACAGCGGUCAGGCACUCACCACGCCGUGGCCCAUCCCACCUCCGCAACAACAUCUCUGAUACUUCUACCGUAACCACCUUCACCACACCAGUUGGCUCGCCCUUUGGCACCGACUCCAGCUCCAGUGCUCACGAUCGCCAGCUGCAACGCUUCAGCGUUUUUGGACGCAACGGUGACCAGCCUCACGCCGUUGGUGAACGUUACCCCACCUCGGCUUUGACUCCGCCUACAGCCAUCUUUCGAGACAAUUUCUCCACCUCUGACACCUCUGACGACGAUACUGAGCCGCGAAUCGUACGCAAAGGCAAGUUCAGUCUCAAGAAACGCUUCUCCUCGGCCCGCAACGCCACGCUCGACAACGCCACUCGAGCCACGAACAAGUCGCUCACCACCCCCAAUACCCCUCUUGAGCUCACAUCUCCCAAGUCUACUCAUCGCUCUACCACCCCGGCUCUUCAAGACACUGCAGGUGAAGCCAAAGCCUUUACCUCCAACCGCCAUACGUUCCGUGACGCUGAGGGCAUGCCCACUGUCGUCUACCACCGACACCGACUCAUUGACCACCUGAAGCGCUGGUGGCACAAAGGAGGCGACCUUAUUCGCAGCAUCUCCCGUCGCUCUCCAACAGCAACAGCAACAGCAACAGCAACAGCAACAGCAACAACAACGACACCUCGUCUUUGACCACCAUGAACGACGAUUACACCCAGCAGCCGGGCUAUGCCCACUACAGGUCAGCCACGUUCGCCAGAGAGCUGUACCUUUCCCUUACUCUCUUCCACACUAUCGUCAUUGGAAAGUACUUUCGCUACCCUUGUCCCUGGGGACCCCCUCAUACGCCUGCAGAUCUGAGCGACGAUGAGUCUACCUGGUCCUCGGACGACGGCUAUGCGGGCCAGCCCUGGGGUUCCGAUGAAGACUUCUACAUCAGCAUGAUGGAGAAUCACUGGAAGGGUACCAACGGUGGCCUGAUCGGUUGGGCGUCGCCAAGGCGUCGCCGCUAAUUGAACAGUUAUGACUGUUCACGCACUGGGGCCUGGCUACUACUAACAAACAACACGGACAACAUGGGACAUUGGCCAGUCACGAACAACACGGAUAACAUGGGACAUAUGGGAGAUAGUCUUGACUUGUAGUUACCGUCUAUAGCUA